AUGACCACUACAAAGUAUAUUAAGGUAGACUGCAUCUGGGCCAAGCCCGAAACUCCGCAAUACCAGGAAGGUGCUUAUUUUCAGAAGACCAAACUCUGGGACACACAGCGGAGUAAUAUGCCCGGGCCCAUCCACAUUGGCUACAGUCUCAAGAUCAGCCUAGCGGGCAUGCCCGACAACGGGCCGAACGCGGGCGCUUGCGGUGGCGAUAUCAUGCGCGUCAGUGAUGGCUUGAUGUUUUGA